UCAAUCCAUCCAAUUUCCUAAAUAAAAAUGUUUUCAGUUUUUCGAAUACAUAGCAGAAUGUCUCGAAUUAUUCGUUAAUGACGAACACCUUGAAAAAGAGAACAUUGGACUGAGCUUUUGCUUUAGUUUUCCUGUCAAAAUGGAAGGUUUAACAAAAGCUUAUCUUAAAAAAUGGACCAAAAAUUUCUCCAUUUCUGGCGUUCAAGGUGAAGAUGUUGUUGCACUGUUGAGAAAAUCAUUGGAUAAACGACGAGUAAACAUAAGCCCGAUCGUUUUACUCAAUGAUACUACUGGCUGUCUCUUGUCAUGUCAUUGGAUUGAAAAGAAAUGUCGCGUAGGUGUAAUAGUAGGUAUGAAAAUUUCAAUAUGUCAUUCAUUAAUUAGAACUGGCACCAACGUUUGUUACACGGAAAAAAUCGAAAACAUACAUCAAUUCGACGGAGAUCCAACAAAACCUUCCAUGAUUAUCAACACCGAAUUAGGAAAUUUUGGCAAUACAGGCUGCCUCGACGAUAUCAGAACUGAAUACGAUAGAAAAGUUGACGAAAUGUCAAAAAAUCCAGGCAGUCAACGCUUCGAGAAAAUGAUUAGCGCUUUGUACUUCAGCGAAUUGGUGCGCCUAGUUAUUCUCAAAUGUAUCGAACUCAAGUACUUAUUUGAUGGAGAAACGUCCGAAAUACUCGCCAGGAAAAGAGCCUUUCUACCGGAAUUCAUUUACGAAAUUGAAGGGUUGUACACAGAAUACCUAUUUCCUAUUUAUAAGAGACGCCGCCACCACCGGUACAUAAUACACACAAUAAAUGCGCUGUCGAACCAUGUCGCUGAUCUUUUUACCCCUUUUUUACUUGGCAGAGAUGAUACGUUCGAGUUGGAUAGAACGUUGGGUAUUUUGGAGAUAAUGAAAUUUCAACAUGCUACCAUUCAAGAUUGCGUUAAUGUGCGGUAUAUUUGUAAAACCAUCUGUCGAAGGUCGGCUAAAUUAUUAGCAGCUGCUGUUGCCACCGUCGUGAAUAAAAUGGAUAUUAAUCAUGUCGCUAUUGCCUUCGACGGGGGCGUUUAUAAAAAACAUCCUACGUAUAAGGAAAUUCUUAGGGAUAAAAUUAGCGGAUACGUUAAUCAAGGCAUCGCGGUCGAACAUCGAUUAUCCGAAGAAGGCAGCGGACGUGGAGCAGCUUUAGUCAUAGCGAUGUUCAUGAAUCAACAAAACAAUUCGCAAAACCCCUCUCCAGCUUCACCAGCUUCGACUUCAGCAACCGAUUCUUCCAAAUCGGUAGAUUAA